UUACGUUUAUCAAAGCUAUUUUUCGUGCUCUUCUAUCUAACCUACGCCCGAAGGCUUCCUCCACGCACGUGUUUCUAAACAUGUGACACUAAAAGCAUCGCCACAGAUGAAUUGUGUUUUAAAACGUGCACGCGUUUAGAAACUUUAUAGAAUUAUAAAAAAAGAAGUGACCCGCCAUUUCAGUGUUUAAAAAUACGCGGUAAAAAAGAGCGCGCUUUUUUAAGGCGCGAUGUUUGAAUUCAUCUUUCAAAAGUUCAAUUUACAUGGAAACAGAAAAUUUUGCAGGUAACAAUACAGGCGAAUAGUUUCACGUGUGUACAUAGUAAAAAAUGCAAUUUAUGAUUGUAGCAAGAAGAAAUUCCUUGAUGCUCAUAACGGAAUACCGGUACGGCAUUCCUUUCGUUAAAACACAGCGAAAGUUCGUAUAUAAAUACUGACAUUAACAUCGUGUUAAGAAUUUCAAAUGCCGCUGUUUCAUCUAACUCUUUCUCUCGUAAAUAUCUAUAUAUUUUCCAUUAGUUUUGACGGAUGAAAAUUUCGCAACAGAUUAAAAACUGAACAUUUUCUGUUUGCUAAGCAAAGCAACGAAAAUGCAGAUUCACCAAGGGUCAAGUUCGGUUGCUCGACAUCGUUUGCCCCUUCCAUCGGGCAUCCACCUAGCGCCCAACUCCUCCUCUGCCCCCUCUCUACGCAACCACUUUGGUUCUCUUUUCGCUUCGUCUUUUUCCCCCUUCUUCAUUAACUUGCUCUCCCUUCUUUCUCGCCACUUUCUACCACCCUCCCUCUCUCCGAGCUCUUUAAUCUCCCUUCGUAGGUCACCGGUGUUAAACCUCUAAUAGUAACAGCACCGAAGCGACGUGAAAUUAUUCGAAACGACCGGAAGGUCAAGGAUAAAAGACGAAGCGAUAAGAAAAAGGGAAUACAAUAAGUUUUCGUCGUCGGUACUUCAAAGUUACCGAUAGGUUUUUCGUUCUUAAACGAGCGUGUGCGCGGGCGCGUACUUACUCGCGAGGAUAAGUCGGUGUGUGUUCGUGAUGGGUUCGAGUCCGGCGGUAACCGGACUACGACAUUCAUACACGAACGAGAGAUCGUGCGUGACUGGUCGGUCGGUCGGUUUAUAACGUAGGAGAGUGUGCGUGCCUCCCUAACCUGCUCGUACGUGUAUAAUAUUGUAGUAUCUCGAAGGUGUAGUAGUCGGGCGUGCACGUGCGCUACCGCAAUCGCGUCUGUCUGUCUGUCUGUGUGUGUGUGUGCCACGCUCCCGAGCCAGGAGACAACGAAACAAUGGAACGUCGCCGUCUCGGGUCCGAGUAGCGAGGCGAGCGGGUGGAUCGUACUUGCUUGCUUUGCUCGUUCGUCUCGUAACGUCCACGAAACCGUGCAUGAACAGGCAGCAGGGAUUUCUGAAGACGGUUUUCAGGCUCCCGGCUUCGAGAACCGCUUGCUCGUGACUGCCCCCUGGCGUACUUGUUUCUCAGUAGAGGCCGGGCCGCGACCAAGGAGGAACGCUUUGUGUGUUGAGCUGGAAAAAGAGCUUCGAGAAAUCCGACUGCCAGUUUUCAUUGUGCACACGUUCCUUCCAUUUAUUCGAGUGUGUCUUUCAAGUGUUUUACGAUAGUUUUUCUCUAUCGCGGUCUCGCUGUAUUACACCGAUUCUCAUAGAGAGGGUGUUUAAAGCGCGCGUGAGAAUCGUCGAUCGAUAUUGGAUCGCAACCUCGGGUAGUCAAGGAAACGAACGAAAUCUCGAACGGGAGUGUAUCGUUUCGUUUCGAUCCUAGUGUUUACCGACCGGGGCAUUGAUUUUCGUGCGAAAUCGGUAUCGUUCGUCUUCCUUCGUUUCUCAAAGACGAACCAUAUACUUAUAUACAAACACAUCGGCCCACGAGCCAGUUCGUAUUAAUUGUUGCUAACUGGUUGUCACCGGUAGGCCGGUGUUCCCAGAGAUAUGGGGAAACCGUGUACGUUCGAUGUGUGAUUAUCGAUCCGCGCGAAUAAGUGAAUCAAAGUGUAUCGUGUAUAUGUGUCGUUGGUUAAGAAAUUUGUGCGGUCGACGCGCUUCCCUCGGUUGUGUCGUCGUCUUGUACAUUCUCGCUCCUUUCAUCUUGCAUUCCCUUCGACCAUACUGUCCCUAUCUUCGCUUUGCGAUCCUCUCUCUGCUUCUCCUUCUUCGCCUCUCUUUCUCUCCUUUCUCUGAUCCGUUCGUCGGUCGACCGGUCUCUGAAGGGGGCGUGCUUGGCCACAUUCAACAAUGAGCGAACGCAAAACUAUCUAAGCACGAGGCGCGAACGAAUGGUUCCUGUGUUUUCUGCCUGUGUGUGGCCCGAUCUUUGCCCCACGAGUGUGUGUUUACGCUGAAACGGUCGUCCGACCUUUUUUCCCCGCUUUUCGAAUGGAUUAACAACGGUCGACCGGUUAACGAGAGUGGAAUCGUCUUCGAGUGGCCCGCUCUCCAAGAAAAUCAAAGGAACGAUGAAAAGGAAACGCACCAAUUAGCCGAACAAUGCAUCAUGGCCUCGUCCGUUGGAGGACCAGGAAUGGCGUCGGGUGUUCCGACACCACGAAGAGUCAACCUGGAGUUUCCACCACCUCCGCCUUAUCCACCUCCCCACAGUCAGAUGGCUUGCUCGGGGUUGGUGGAUCCUGCAUCGGUGCCACCGCCAAUGUCGAGCCCAGCUCACCAGCAUCCCCUUCAGGAUUAUUCGUACGCUUACUACGAACCCGGUCCGAGUCGGUUGCACGGUACAUAUCCGGCGGAAGUGGGCAUGAAUCGUGUGCAGCAGCAGCAGCAGCAGCAGCAACAACAACAGCAGCAGCAACUGAGGCCAGAAACGUUCAAGAGGCACACGUAUAUGACCCGGUACGGGACGGAGGAGAACAUCUACGAGGAGAUAUCAGAAAUCAACAGACAAUGUCAUCGAGCGUUGCACGGUUCGAGAAGAUCCCUGGUGGCGGAGGAGGUGCGACGAGUUCAGUCACGGCAUCGUCGAGUUCUCGGGGAGCUGAACCUGAGCGUGGAGGCGAUGCUGAUGCCGACCGUGGUCGAUAACAACGACGAGGAUGAGCCGCAGGAUCAACGCGGUGCAUCCACCGAGGAGCUAUUAUCUUCGGUCAGUCCCACCGAUGACCUCCUCUCACCUGUUGGCUGUGACAUGGACAGCGGCUUCAGUGGAAGCUCCAGUGCAAGUUACAGGUCGGGUCUGGGAUCCCUGAGGAGAGGAAUGGGAAAAACCAGCACUCCAGAAUUACCAGCUUGCCAGCGUAAAACUAAGGCCGCUAUGAUCUGGAAAAAGGGUUGGAAAGGUUGGAAGAAACUGCAUUCUUUCGGGAAUAAUAGCAACAAGACUGAUGAACCACGUUCAAGGUGCAGAUCAUGGGAUGACGUAGGACCGACUAAAAUGGAAACUGUCGGCCAAACGCACAGACAGCAUCCUUCGUUGGAGGCAACCAGGUCGAACACUUCCACGCAAUCGGCUAGAAGCGAGGACUCUUGGUGCUCGGCGUCGGAUCAUGACCUCUCUUCGGACGAUGAAAGCGAGAAGAGUAAUAUCAGUAUUAAAAGUAAUUGCCAAUUGAGAAACACGUUGCACAAGGCGAGGACACUGUGCGACAAGUGGAGGUCGCAGAAUAUGCGAGUGAACAAUGCUGACCCAUUGGAUUCGCCCGGGAACCAUGGAAGACUAUCCAGAUGGUUUAGCAUUCGAAGAGGAUCAACUCAGCAAUACGAUGUUGAUUCCUCUGAUACUGUUUCUCUCACAAGCCCCAUUAAAACCCCUCAAAUGCCGCAACUAUGCGAGGUCGAAGAAGAGAACAGCGCGAUUGUGCAGUUCCAGUGUAUGCAACAACGCAGACAAACGCCGCCUGCUCUUCCACCGACACCUCCGAAUUUAACUCCUCAACAGCUGAAACGUCGACACAUAGUAGCCGCUAUAGUACACUCCGAGAACAGUUACGUGUCCACGUUGCAGAGGCUAGUUAAUGAUUACAAGAAACCUUUGGAGGAGUCCUCGCCGCCUAUAUUGAGUCAGGCGAAAAUAGCGACUUUGUUUCAUAGAUUGCCUGAGAUUCUGCAAUGCCAUACGUUGUUCAGAAUCGCGUUAGCGGAAUGCGUUCGUUCAUGGGACAAAGAUGAAAAGUUAGGAGACGUGUUUGUAGCGAGUUUCAGUAAAGCUAUCGUUCUCGACAUUUAUAGCGGGUUUAUAAAUAAUUUUUCAGUAGCUAUGGACUUGGCUAAGCAAGAAUCAAAAAGAAAGACUGCACUUGCUGAUUUUUUCAAGGUUAAACAAAUAAGCGCACACGAUAGGCUGUCAUUUUUCGGAUUAAUGGUUAAACCCGUACAGAGGUUUCCACAAUUUAUAUUGUUCUUGCAAGACUUAUUGAAACAUACGCCCCAAGGACAUCACGAUAGAAUGUCGUUACAAUUAGCGUUGACCCAAUUAGAGAGCCUGGCGGAAAUGUUGAACGAAAGGAAACGAGAAGCUGAACAGUUCCAAGCGUUUAAAGAAAUGUUACGACACGUGUCUGGUAAAUUAUCUCAUCGUCCUCUCUCGUCUUCGUCCAGGUAUCUUAUUAGGGAAGAUAACGUCACGCAACUGGAGUUUAAUCAAAAUGGCAUGAUAACUAAAUCCAAGAGAAGAAGGUUAUUGUUGUUAAACGAUCUCGUAGUAUGCGUUUCCGUAACCCCGCGGUCCACAGAGGACUUCAGUGGAAGCGAAAGAUUAACCCUAAAAUGGACGUAUCCUGUAUCAGAUAUAGAGAUUCAGGAUACAAGUACUUCGCCAACGCUAAGCCGCUUAUUGACUGCCGGCUUGAACAAAGGUGGCAGCCUGAAGUCCGACAAAAGCGGCGAGGGUGGACAAGCGGGUGCGGAUAAUCUCUGUGUAGAAAUGAACGAUUUAAUGCACGAUUACGAGGUGAUGUCUAGGAUAAGUGAUUUAGUUGCACAACUAAAGGGUAAAUACGAGGGAAUGACGCUUGAGAAAACUAAGCAAAUCUUACAGUCUAUACAACUUUCGAUCCAACAAAAAGACGAGGAUAUGGUUUGGGCAGAUAGUUGUUGCUUACAGUUAGUAACGAAACAAGGCCAGAUGUACACGUUCCAAACCGAGAAUCCUCUAGUAAAAAAAGACUGGAUAACAGAACUUAGGUUAGCCCAACUAGCCUUAGAUCCGAACAAUUCUCCUUCUUGGGAAGUACCUGAACAAGAACAAAGACCAUCCACGAAAAUGCCACUUUUCGUUAGCUCGCAACAAGUGUAUCAUUCGCAACAUCAAACAGAAGUACGUUGCGGUUGCUACUAUACGACGCAAAAUUCUCGACCCACCAGGCGUCGUGGCAGAAGUCAAAGUUACUUGUGGAUAUGUACAGGAGACGGUAUAUCCAGUCAUAUAACAGUAUUCGGUCAAUCAACAACAGCAUCGACGACUUUACUGAAACAGGUCACCGCUUUCGAUUUAGUAGAAACUAGAGUGGCUGCUAUAGAAUUUAUAAAGGGUGUGUCGUCUGAUCCGUUAUCGUUGGCGAACGAUCUCGUCUGGAUGGGCACAGAUUCUCGGAAAAUAAUCAUUUACGCCGCCUCGGAGCCGGAGAAACAAGAACAGCUAGGAAACUACUCCGUAUCCGGCCCGGUGAUACAGAUCAAGCAUCACUGCGACAAUGUUUUUGUCGCGUUGGGUAUUGGUCUGCUUCUUUUGUUCAAGAGACAAGCGGACGGCACUUGGAACCUCAGAGAUCCGUUCGUAAUAUCCCUGGGCAGCGAACCGGUCUCGUGUUUGAUGCCAAUCAAUACAUCGGUGUAUGCUGCCUGUGGUAAGAAAGUUUGGGUACUUCAUGGGGUGAACGGUGACAUUACAAAGAGUUUCAGCGUGCAACACGAACAUGUUGGUAGCGUGAAACUGAUGGCUCAUUCCGGAGUUGGGCUUUGGGUUGCUCUGAAAAAUUCCAGCACCGUCUGCCUGUAUCACACGGAAACGUUUAAACAUUUACAGGACAUCAACAUAGCGUCCAAUGUACUGAGAGUGACGAGAUCGAAUAACGCUACGAAUUCAUGCGGCGACAACUUAAAUAACAAUCAGACCACUGUCACGGUGACAGCACUGUUGGCGUGCAAAGGGCUUCUCUGGGUUGGUACUAACGUAGGCAUAAGUUUGACGAUUCCUCUGCCCCGAUUAGAAGGAGUGCCCAUCAUCAGCGGCCGUGUAAAUAUUUCUUAUCACGCGCAUUUCGGUCCUAUUACUUUUUUGCUUGCUAUUCAAAAUCCUAAGAACACGAUAAACUGUCCAACCGCUACGGAAGAGAUCAACGACGAGGAAACUGUGCAAUUGAGGUCGAAGGAAACAGAGAACAGUAGAACUACCAGGGAUCGAGCGAGCUUGGAUUCUUCCAUGUCAAAUAGUAUUAUAAAAUUGAAGCAACAACUGGCAGGCAGCCCGGUUAUGUUGAGACGGAAACGAAGCAAGGAGUACGAAUACAAAGGUUCGAAAACGCUCCCAAGAGGUCUCGGUUCUGGUGGAGGUUUUCUCUCGAGCUCGAUGUCCGGAUCACAGAGCUCCGGGGAGAAUUGCGACGUUUACGGUUUAUACGGUGAACUGAUGUACGUAAAAGAUUACGAGAACGAGAACAGCUCCGGUAUCGAUCCGAUCUAUGAAUCGUUGAGAAGAAGCGAGCCAGAAUUGGCAGCCAUACCAAAUAAAGUUAGUACCUUAGAUCGUAGAUUGAAGAUGAAGAUUACAAGACCAAGGUCCUUGGAUUUAUCGAAUUGGUCUGUCGAUUCUCACGCCAGUUCUCUGUACACGUCGUCAGGUUCCGAAGAAAAUAUUUCCCUGAAAACUGGGAAAUUGUCUCGGAACAGUAGCACAGCUAGUCGAAAUGGCCCAUACGAAACGACCACCCCUAACAGUAGUAUAGUACAAUCGGUACCGGAAGCGAUACCGCCGCCUAAUAAUCUGAAACCAAAUGGCAAAAAGAUCAAUAAGACGUUGCAGCAGGUUGAGCAACCUAAACGAACUGUUCUGACGUUGAUGGGUGGUCGUGGUUACAUCAAUUGGAGACAACUGAACGCGCAGUCCGUCCCCGACAAGGCCUCUAAAUCGGGUUACACUUUCAAAGAUCCCAACAGCAACGAUGCUCAUAUCGUGCUUUGGGAGAUGAAAUUAUGAUACUCAGUUAGAUUAGGCCCAUCGUUACGCCUACUAUUGUCAGUAUGGAUAGAAAGGUUUAAUGCUUCUUUCAGACCGAUCACGAUGAUAAGCUCGUAGUAUCGGUAAAUAGGACCAAAAAAAAAAAAAAAGCUAUCGUCGAACUGAUAUUCGUUUAAGUAAUAAGGAUAUUUGUUAAUUGAUUAACGCGGUUUUAAGUUAGUUACACGGCAGGUGUUCGAUGAACCGUAAUAUCGAGACCAGGUUAACCGAGUCGAAUCUCCUUACUCUGUCGGCAGUGCAAAGAUCUAGUUUUCACGUAGCUCUCUAAAUAAAAAGUCUUUUGUAUUUUAUAACAACGCUUACAUCUUGUAGUCUCAUUACAGGUCUUAGGUUUCGUUAUUAGACUCCCGUUUAUCGUGUACGCUCGUAUACGUUGUUCAGUUAUAUCUCUCAACUGUAUUUUUUUUUUCUCUUCGUUGUGAAAAUUUAAUUGGAGGAAAAUUAAGAAUCUCCUGCGUAUUUAUGGUUAUAAACAUUUACAGAAGGGUUAAUAAAUGUAUCAGUUUUAAGGAAUA